AAAGAGGCGCAUUCCUUUGGAAGGCGGGAGACCAAGGCGGAGGUCGUGAGGUCAUGAGGAGUAUCACGUUGUGUGGCUCUGGUGAUCUUCUUAGCUCAGAUGAAGCUGUUCUACACAAGAUUGUGUCAUUCCAGUUGGCUUCAUAUAAUGAAAAUGGCCCACAAGAAAUCUGAGCAUAAUUAUCAUAUCAAACUAUUAUGCAUGUGAUGCAAAUUUCAAUACUGGUCAGUAUUGUUUUUAUGUUCAUUCAUCACCACAUAUAUUUCAGACAGUUUAUAUUAUUUUCUAUAGGCAUCUGCAUUGUUUGGCACUGCAUACAAUAACGACUGCAAGUAGUGGAUUGUAUAUGUUUUGCUGAAAGACACCAAUAGCAGCGAGGAACAAACUUUUUACAAUUACCAUCAGAGCAAACAGAGCGUAGUUGACUCAUUAGUUGAAUUUCAUCCAAGCCAUAGCCAAACAUGAUUCGGAAAAAAUAAAUAAAUAAAAUCAAGUGACAAACAAGGGACAGGCAUUAACAGUGACAGAUAACAAAUCAAAAGACAGGAGGGAGUGGGUGAGGCUGACAGGUUCAUCGAUAGUUCAAAUUAGAUAUUUCUGUGGAAGUUUUUCUUCCAGUGAAAAAUCUUUCAUACAUAAUUUCCUGAUAGACAGCAUUAUAAAUACGACUAAAGAAAUCCAGUGUGCUUCAGACUUCAGUCGAAGACGUUACCAGUCAACUUCAUUUCUUAACAUACCACAGACUCCAGACCCAGACUCAUCCCACUGAAAUGGCAGACCUAGAAAGACCUCAGUUUGGAGCUCAAACUGUGAUUGUGGGUGGGCCAGGAGGUGAUGAUUUCUCCUUUAAGUCUGCCUCCUACGUCACCUUUAAGAAGCUCAACAUUACUUACAGUGAGAGAACACUGAACUCAAUCCAGGUGAUUUUCAACUGUGGCCAAAUGAUUAAAGUGGGUAACUCAGCAGGAUCGCACAGUCAAGAAAUUGUGUUUGAUGAAUAUGACAAAAUUAUCUCUGCAAAACUGUGGCCAAAUAGGGCUGGUAACAGAUGUGGGGGGUUUGAGUUUGUGGUUGUAAAAAGUAAUGGAAUCAAAACAACACUAUCUGUCAAGUGUAAGCAACUGGGUGAGCCUGUGAGUUUUACUGUGAAGUCUGGAAAGAUUCAUGGCAUUACAGGCAGAAGUGGAGAUGAAAUUGAUGCUCUGGGCUUCUACUUCAUUUAGUCUACAGCUAUGCAUACAUACAGGUUGCUGACAGCAUCCAAAAUAUCUGAACAUUUAAAGAUGACAUAUGCGUGGCAAUUACGUAAUCAUAUACAGUACAUGUAUCAGUUAAUAAACACAUCAUAUUUGAAGUAUCAGAUUUGAAUCAAUCAAUACUACUUAAAAAUUUUCUACUAACAGUUAUUACAUUUUCAGGUACUUGUAGCCAUACUAGGUAAAAAAAACUUUAUAAAAUAAAUGACAAGGUAAAAAAAUCAAAUGGAUGUGUCAGCCAAAAAAUAGUGAUAGAAAUGUCAUUUAUCAUUUCUCUCUAUCUUUAUAGCAAUUUCUGUUCUUUCUCAUCUAUUAUCUUCAUGUAUU